AUGGGCACCGGCCGGGAGCCGCGCCUCAAGAGGACCCGGGAGGUGGGGCGGCUGACCAAGGACAGGCAGGGGCCCGGCAGGAGCCUGGUGACGGCCACCGUCCACAAGCUCCUGGAGAAGGCCGGGGAGGGAGCCGGCCGCCCCGCGCGGGGCCGGGAGCCGCUGGCCCGCCAGAAGCCCCGGGGGCUCCCCGCCGGGAGGAGCUCGGUGAAGAGCAUCCUGAAGGUGUUCCUGGCCGCGGGGGACAAGGGGGCCGAGCAGGAGCCUCCCGCGGGCCCGCCCCGCCCGGGGGGCGGCGGGCGGAGCGCCGCGCCGGCCAAGCUGCGGGAGACCUUGGAGCGGAGCGGAGGCCGCCGCGCGGAGGCCGGCCCCGUGCCGCCGCGCGCGGACCCGCACACGGAGAAGCGCCGGCCCGAGCGCCGCGGGCCCCGCACGGCCGCCCCGGCCAGCGCCUGCCUCCGGGCGGCCCCCGCCCGCUUCCGGGCCGCCCCGGCCGAGCCCCCGCUGCCCUUCAGCGUGGCCACCGUCGGCGGCGGCGGCCCCCGCAGCGGGAUGUCCCACGGCGCCAGAGCCGCCCGCGCGCAUCUGCGCCGCGCGCCCCGAGGAGAAGUGGGCACGGGCCCCCGCGCGCCAGAGACGCCCGGCGGGAGCCACGCGCCCCGCGACGGCCCGGAGACAGCGCUCCCAGGUGCGGGGCCCGGCUGUGUGCCCAGGGCGGCCCCCUCGCCCGCCUCCCCCCGCGGUGAGGUCCCUCCUGGCCGCGAGCCCGUGAUGAGCCCGCGGGGACCAGCCAGCCCGGGGGGCACGGCGGCGGCGGAAGGCGGCGGCAGGACGGGGGCUGCCCCGGGGCCGAGGGGAGCAAGGCUGGGCCCCCGGCCGGGGCUCGUGGGGGGCGGAGCAGGGGCUGCCCCUGAAGUCACCCUGACCGUCUGCAGCUCAGAGGAUGAAACGGAAAGAAUGAGUGCAGACUCGGAGCCAGACCCCCUCUUCGCUGUCCAGGAGAGCUGCCCAGCAGAGCGGGCGCCAGGACAGACCUCCCCACUCGCGGCGCGCGCAGCCCAGGCCGCGCGGCGCGCACAGCCGGCCGCGGAGCCUCCGCAGGUCACGGCCCGACUCCCGGCUGUCCACGCAGUGCCGCCCCCUCCUGCCGCCCUGCAGAGGGCAUCAGGCCCUGAACACCAAGGCUGGCGUCUUCUGGGAGGAGAGGGUGUGACUGCAGACACAGGCGCCCCCCCUCCCACUACGGCCGAGGGUGGAAGCAGGGGCGCCCCGUCGCCGGCAGGACUGAGCCCGGCAGGUCUGAGCCCGCCCGCCCUGCCACAGCAGGGCCCAGGGGCACAGCCAACGCUCGCGCCCCCGCCGGGUGCUGCCUGCCAUGGUCCGGACGUCCCCGAGGCAGUUCCCACGACGAAACCGCAGAAAACGUCCCCUGGAGGAAAGGAAAGCAGACGCAGCCCUGGGACUUCACACAGGCUCCCGAAGCACCAGGACAUUUGGGGAGAGGACGCUUCCCAGCUAAGUUCUAAGACGCCUCUGCUGCCAGGACCGGAGGAAAGGCCGGCUGGCGACGCCAGCACCUCAUCACAUCGGUCCGCGGCCUCGGAAAACCGAUGGAGGGGACUCGCCGGCUGUGCCCUUGGCGGUCAGCAAGCGCUGGCGCCCAGGGUUCCCAGGAGGAGCGAGGUGGGUGUCUCCAUGAGGCCAGAAGCACCGGCCCAGGACCGGAGGAGGCCUGAGAAUCUGCCCUCGGUGGACAAGAGCCCCCCGCGUGAGCAGGAAGGACACAGGGGGCCCCCGUCGUCCCCGGAGCCAGCCCGGCCCCCGCUGACGGCUGAAGGGAGCGCCAGCCACGAUCCUGGCGAGAACAGAGCGAGCUCCUUAAAUGAACGAACACAGCCGAGGAGUGUCAAAGCCCCCGGGCGGGAGACGGCUGCAGGGGCCUCCAGGAGCGCCCCAGCCCUGGCGCCAGGUGAUGCCCUGAGCCCUGGAAACAGGGCGGCCGAGGAGUGGGAGGAAAGGGGCACCGCCCGGCCCACAGGCCCAGGUCUCGCGGCCCAGGAGCCCGAUCGCCAGCCCGGGGGCCGCAGCGUGUGCGGAGCCUCGGGGUCCCUACCCGCCCCACUUCGGGAGGCCGCCGGUGCCCAGACCCUGCCUGUCGAGCCCCGCGUGGCAGCUCCAGGUGAACUGGCCGCAGGCGAAAGGAAGGUGGCAGCUGGGGGCAGAAUCUCGGGUGCUGCGUGGCAGAGCCCUCGGGGGGGCAGCCCAAAGCCCCCGACUCCAGCCCCGGACCUCCCGGCGCCACAGGGGAGCCACGUGGCGGGGACUCGGAGCCGCGCUUGGGGCACUGGGCCGCCGCCUUCUGAGAGCCGGCGGGCCAAGGGCGGGACGUGCAUCUCACCCGGGGAACAGCUUCCUCUCGGUGCUGGGCCUUCCCGCCAGCCUCCCCCCGCGUCCACAGCGGCCGACGGGCCGAGGGCGGACCGGGUGGCCCAGAAGCACCCCGACCUCCGGGCCCCCAGGGAAGUCGCGGGCGGGGAGAGGGCCGGCCUGGGCGGCGGAACAGGUCCCCGUGGGCAAGAGGAGGGGCCCCCGGGGGCUGCGAGUCUGCACGAUCCUGGAAGGAAGGGAGAAGGCCUUCGGGGCGAGAAGGCCCGCUCGAGUGGGGCCGAAGAGGCUGUGGACGGUGACCCGGCGGCCCCGGCGGAGGCUCCCGGCCCGCGCGCUGGGAAGAGCCCAGAGUGGCCGCAGGGGCAGCGGGCGAGGCACACAGAGGGCCCCGCUCGGGGACGCGGGGCCCCGGCUGCAAAGAACCCAGCUCCCCCCGCCCCAGGGUGCCCGGCGCACCCUGCCCAGGCCCAGGCCGGCAGGACGGCCCCCCCUGACUCGGCUCAGCCCGCGAGCAGGGCAGCGGAGGUGGUGCCCCCGGCAGGCAACAACGACGCGUCCCGGGGACCAGCAGCCUCCAGGGGUGGCCAGGGGGCUGGCGGAGAGCCACGCGGGCAGGGGGAGAGCCCGACGGCCCCCGGCCCCCGGCCAGCGCCUGGCUCUGCGGUGCCCUCGGCCGCGCUAGGCGGCUGCCGCACGGCCCGCGCCCCCGCCCCGGGGGGGCCCCCGGACACACAGGGACGCGGGCGCGGCGGCAGGGGCGCGCACCUGGCCAAGUACAGAGCCCAGAGCUUCAGCGACCAGAGGUCCUUCGAGCUGUCCUUUAGACCAGCCGUCCUCAGGGCCAGCGACACGUUCGCGCUUCCAAAGUGAGGCCCUCCCGGGAGCCAGCGGCCCGAGGCCUCCCGCCCGUUCCUUCCUCCAGGUGACCCUCGGCUCUGGGCGCCGGCGGCCGGUCUGCGGGGCCGUGUCCUCUGUCGUGAGUGGCCCUGGGAGGACGGGAGCCCUGCGGCCAGCACACUCUGGCCACGUCGGCGACACUCCGCCCACACCUGGCGCCUUCACGGGCGUCAGGCUCACGCCCGUCUCUGCACAGGAAGUUCCGACCUUCGGUGCUGAACUUCCCGUGCAUCUGGCCCGUCCCCUCCCGGGGCGCGGCCUUGGGUCACCAGCAGGUGCCGACGUGACCCCUCCUGGCUCAGACACGGCCGGGAUGGCGAGUGGCCCCGAGUGGCCCUGCCCGUCCUGGAAAGAGUCAGAGGGCUUCAGUUUGACAUGGCGAGCACCGGGGGACGGGGGGCCGCGUCCAUGACCCCACAGCCGCCUGGCAGUCAGGGAGACACUGGCAUCCGGCUGUGGCCCCUCUGUCCCCCCAGCCUGGCCGGAGCCAGCGAACCAGGGGGAGUCGACUCCAGAGGACAGUGACCGUCAGAGCCGUGAAAAGGCUGUUUUCAGGUGCACGAUUCCAAGGACGCUUUCAUUGAGAAACUGGUGAGAAAAGUAACCCAGUCUCGUCUGACCCACCAUCACCACAGCAGCCUCCUCGGGGUCUGCGAGUCCUGCAGGGCCCUGGAUGGGGCGCAGGUCGGUGACGGAACGCACACUCCAGCCCCGCUGCCCUCCCGCACAGCGUCCGAGUGUUUCCUGCCAGAGACGUUGCUCAAUUCCAGCUCUUUCCGUCACUUAGACGAUGCACUUUCUGUCUAGAAUAUUCGAACACUGUAUAGAAGGACAAGGAAGGAAAUAAAAACCACUGGUCGGUCA